ACAUAGCACCGGUGGUGACUCGUCACUCCGCGCUGGAAGAUGGCUACGGUGGAGCGGACCCCGGUCAGGGAAGGGAUCCGGAUAGUUGUCCUGUGUGUAUUUUGGUACACGGUGAGCUCGGGAGGUAACAUUGUAAACAAGAUAAUCCUCAAUGGAUUCCCGUACCCGGUCACCGUCUCACUGUUUCACAUCAUUUCGGUAGUCGUCUUCCUGCCGCCGCUGUUGCGGGCAUGGGGAGUCCCCAAAACAGAACUGCCGAGCAGGUACUACCGGUGGUACAUCUUGCCCUUAGCUUUUGGAAAAUACUUCGCAUCCGUGUCGGCUCACUUCAGCAUAUGGAAGGUGCCCGUUUCAUAUGCGCACACUGUCAAAGCCACGAUGCCAAUAUGGGUCGUGCUGCUAUCAAGGAUUAUCAUGAGGGAGAAGCAAACUACAAAGGUGUACGUGUCUCUCAUCCCCAUCAUCGGUGGAGUGCUGCUGGCCACGGCGACAGAGCUUUCCUUUGAUGUUUCAGGAUUAAUCAGCGCCCUCGCUGCCACGCUCUGCUUCUCUCUGCAGAACAUCUUCUCCAAAAAGGUGUUGCGGGACACCAGAGUGCACCACCUGAGGCUUCUGAACAUCCUGGGCUUCAACGCCAUGAUCUUCAUGCUCCCCACCUGGGUUCUGGUGGACCUCUCUGUGUUUCUUGUGAGCGGAGAUCUAUCAGACACUUCGGAAUGGACGAGCACCUUUUUCCUCCUCCUCAUCAGCGGCUUCUGCAAUUUUGCACAGAAUGUGAUCGCAUUUAGUAUUCUGAACCUGGUCAGCCCGCUGAGCUACGCUGUCGCCAACGCCACCAAGAGGAUCAUGGUCAUCAGCAUAUCUUUGUUUAUGCUGCGCAACCCGGUCACCCUCACUAACGUCCUGGGUAUGAUGACGGCCAUCGUUGGUGUCUUUCUUUACAACAAGGCCAAGUAUGACGCCAACAGGCAGAAGAAGCUGCUGCCGAGCACCAAGCAGGAGCUGAUGUCCUUCGACAACCCGGUGCUGGGGAAGCUCCAGUCCAACGGGUCAGUGCCUUUCUCUCAUAGCUCAGAACAGCAGCAGAACUGGAACAACGUGCUGACCGAUCACUUCCAGUACAGCCGACAGGCCUACACGACAAACCACAGCAGCAACCACCAAUAUGUGGUCUGAAGGAGGCUUGGAGUGGGUCGCUGUCAUGGAGAUCCCCUGUGUGAAGCCCGACGCCCUCCCUGUAAUGGGUCAUCACGCCUGCUCCAAACCCGAGACUGACAGCGAGAGCUGGUGGUGGUAGGAGAUAAGUGGGUAGUGAAGGGCCAGAGAUGGGAACCCUCCCAUGAUCCUCCUCUUUCUCAAACCUUCAGUUUUCCACAGACUUGCUUUAGGUCACGUUUUUGCUUUAUUUCAGUUUUCAGUGACGCUAUGGGAUGGCUUAAAGGAAAAUCAGGAUCUUUCAGGUGUCAGGGGAAGCUUUAUGAGACAUAAUAAAUGUGCCACAGAAGGUUGCUGUGCUGUUCUGUUUGAUCACCUGGAACCAUUAAAGUCAGUUUUGUAUAAUUUAGAGACAUUCGGACAAAUCGAGCUAUAAUUUUGGCGUUUGAUGGAUUACCAUUUUUCUUCAUGAGGCACUUGUUUUGUUUAGAGGAGAAACCAAACGACUGUGAAUAAAUGUUCAGGCUUGAGUCGAGGUAAACGUCGGGAAGUGCGAUUGUGAGACAAAAAGCUGAUUCAUUCUUGUUGCCCUUUGGGUUUAUUCAGUGGGAAUGGCAGUUAGUUCAAGCUUUUAGUAACUGUUGUUAAAGUGAUUUUAUAGGAGGAUAAAGUGUUUUGAACUACAACUUGGACAAAUAUGUAACUAAGUAAGAUAAAAGUAACUAUUAGUCCUUUUUUAAACAUAUCCAGCCAUUCUCUGCAACAGCAACACUUUUUGGGUUUUCGCUGCAUGGAUUCAAUCUCAACAGUGUUGGAAUGAAGUUUACAUUUGAAAAUUAAGAAGGAAUUCAAAUACUUAAGUAAUUUGUGCUUCGGAGCUUUAGGAUGCUGAAAUCAGAUCUUUUAAAAUCAAUCUUCUACUUCCCAGAACUUUUAACUUGGCUGAUUAUCUGUUUUUAUUUAAAGGCUUCACUUAUUAUUUCAAUCUUUACAUCAUGAUUUAAAAGCCUGAGAACUUCUGUUAUCAGCUGGAGUUUCUUCUUAAUUUAGUGCUGAUUUACAAGCUAGCUUACUGAAUAAGAAAAACCCCUCCAUAUUGGUGCCUUUGUGUCAUGCAGACGUUAGCAUUUAUUUCCAAGUAGCUUUGUUGCUAAAACAGCCUUAUGGAGCCUCUGAACGGGAGCAGACUGCUUUCACAUCACAAGGUGGUUCAUACGGUGCCUCACGAAGAAACGGUCCAAAUGAAAGCUCGUUUUUAUGUCUGCGUCUGGAUGCUGGUGUGUCUCGUGGAUUUUUUUCCACACACUCAUUGGCUUUUGCUGCAUUUUUAAGUAAACAAAUUAAUCCAAAAUGCACAAAAAGAGGCGACUUUGAAGAAGAGCGAGACCGUUAUUCAGAAAGGUCAGUGACUUCUUACACAGCUGUUUGUUUUUCCUCCCUAGUAAAGCAGAAGUUUUAUCACUUCUAAUUAAAACGUGUAACACAAAUAAUUCCCAGAGCAGCCCUGUCAUGUGCAUCACAACAGCAGGGAUCUGUGGGAUGUUUGGUUGGUUGUCAUGGUUUUGCAAUAAAAAAAUCAGUUAAAGUAACAAAGAGCAGUUUCCUGCUCCUCCACCCUACUGGUUGAAAGUGGAAUUACAACAGUUGUAAACGACCCUGCUGCAGCCUGUUGUAGCUAGCGCUAAUACUAACAUGAGCUAACUAAUACUAAAAUAAAUCACAAAGUAAAACGAUCCACACUGUUGGACAAAAAACAUUAUUACUUACAAGUUCAGCAGAAACAAAGCCAGGUUGACAUCAGUCUGUGAUUUUGUAGCCUCCUUUAGCUCCUUCAAGCUAGCUGCGCCGAUGUUCACUCUGGUUUUAGCGCUUUGCUUUUUCUCCAAAGACAUUAUUCUCUCACUUCUGCUUCUAGACUACGCCAUGAUGCCACCAACAAAAGGAAACUUCUUUUUCUUCCUGUUCUUUUUGUAAUGAUCGUCGAACUGAAAAAAAGAAACUAACUGCUAGCAUCACAGCUAAUAGCCAUAAAACAGGUAAAGAGCUCCUCCUAUAGGGCACCUACUCGCUCCACAGAACUAUCUAGUGGAGUAUCUGGCCCGCAGAGGGCUACAGAGUGGUGUCAAAUAUGAAACUGGUCAAGAUUCAAACUCAACAAUCAUUGGAAUCAAUGUGAAAGCUCUAGCUUAAAGUUAAAAAAACUAUUUAGUGUUACUUUAAAAAUGAGGCAGAUUUUAUUUCAAACUGAUGAUCAGGGUUUAUAUAGCUGCAUAGCCUCAGUGGCAGAGCCCUCUAGAUUUUAAAGUAAAAACAAAAAAACUUUUUUGCUGAUGGACUUGAUUAAAAGGAGCCACACAUGAAACCAGAGCCUCAAUUUGUGCAAUUAAAGAAACGACUGUAGUGUCCUGAUCCUUAUUGAUUGUAACGAUUAAGAUUUUGUCAAUAUCCGUGUUUUUGAAAGGAAUUUGACAGUUGAUGGUAUUGUUUAUGUUGUCCUUGUGAUCAAUUCUUUAACAUUUAGUAUUAAAUGCACAAACGUAUUUUUAUACUCCGCUGAACCUUGUUUGAGAUCAAACGACGGUGGUAUUAGAUUUUCAUCAGACCUUUUAAACGGUUCCUGUUCAAAAACUGUUCAAUGAAAUUGAAAAACCACAUUUAUGUGGAGUCAAAUCUUACCUAAAAAUUGUAAAAAAACGACAACAAGAACAAAGCAGCUUGUAUGGUGCUGUAUGAACAGAAGUGCAGAAACAUCUGUAAAGAAAAAUAUUUUGAUUAAUAACUAAUAUCUAAAAUGUUGAUAUUUUUUGAGACUAACUGUAGGUCUUGGGAUUAUUUUAGGGGAUAUUAAAUUAUAAAACAGACAGCAAGGAAAAACAAAGCAUAGAAACAAGAUUUGGAUAAUGAUUUUAGUCUAUGCAUUCAGAAAAAUUGAAUUUUUAUCAUGUUUUAGUUUGUUUAUUUUUAAACUUAUCAGCUACAAUCUUCUGAUGGUUCAAAUGUAAUCGUAUUUAAUACGUACUUAAUUUAUCGUACUUGCGUUCUCUACAUUUCUAAUUAUGAUGGGGAGGUUUUAGUUAUUUAAACAUACCAAAACAGAUCAUUUUAAUUUCAGAUCUACAGAAUUAAUGAUGUGUUAAAUCAUUAUAUAAAGCAGAUCUGAGGCCAUCUGAUCUGAUUUAAAUUAGAGUUUCUCUACUUCCUCACCUGACUGAAAACUAAACAGCAAUGGGAUUUUGCAGCACUUGAGGGCGUAAUUCACCAGUCUCACAUGUUUUACAACUUAUGAUGAUUUUCUGAAGUUUGUUUAACAAAUUAAACAAACAAAAAACUGUUCUAGUAGAAAUGUUUGCCUCAGCAGUGUGAAUCUCCUGUUUAAUGACUCCCACACAGCAUGAAUCCGCCUCCGCCACUGAAGUUUUGCUGUUUUUCUCUGUUUUUAUUUUUAUUUUUUUUUGUGGGUGCACCUCAGGGCAGAGGCCUCGUUUGCAGGUCGCUGAGGUGCAAUAUUCAUAAAAUGUGGGUUUUGUGUUUAAUUUAGGUGUUUUUUUUUCUGCUCUGUACAGUGAGCUGACGGGAGGAACGUAAACUAAACACUCUGGUCGGCUCUUUGUUGUAAAUCUUUUCACUUGGAUGUAAAGAAUGAUGAGUGUAAAAAUAAUGGGGGAGAAUUAUUUGCAAAACUUGUAAAAUGAAUAUUUUUGUGUCAUCAAUGGAUCUUGAAACAGGAUUUUUACUUAAACUAUGUUUAUAGAUUUUUAUUUAUGGUGUUUAGGUACAAAUAUGUACAGAGGUGCAGCUGUGCACAGUCUUGUCUGCUUAUGUUCGUUAGAUACUUUCAAAUGUUUUGGCAAAUAAAUGCAUUAAGGUACUCGAA